UCGAGGAGCGAGGAGCCAGGAGCGUCGAGGUAGCGAAGCGGCCGCCUCCAGGAAGGCGCUGGGGGAGGAGGCUGGAGUGCCCAGGGCCCCUGCCGGAGGCCUGUGCUGCGGUCCUCAGCCAGCAGGUUAUUUUUUCAGUAAAAAAUAUGGUGCCCCCUGGAAGCAAACAAACCAAGAAAUCAGGGAAGACAUCAGUGGAGGAUAGGAAGACAUCCAUGAAGGAUCGGGCUGUAAUUGCCUAUGACUUUAAGAAAGAAGAUAAACGAGAUCUGAAUGGUUCAGAGGAGGAUGCUGCUGAUGCAAAGACUACAGCAAUUGAUAAGCUUGGAAAGAAAAGGACUUCUGCAGUAAUAGUUGAAGAUAUGGGAGGUGAAGUACAGAAUAUGCUGGAAAGAUUUGGAGCUAACAUUAGCAAUUCUCUUAAUACAAAGAAAAAAAGAUUAGCAUUGUAUACGAAGAUUUCUCUCAAAACCAGUAACCAGAAAAUUGAACAUAUUUGGAAAAUCCAAAAAGAACAAAGGCAGAAGCUUAAUCAAGAAUAUUCUCAGCAGUUUCUGACUUUGUUUCAGCAGUGGGAGAUAGAUAUACAGAACGCCAAGGAACAAGAAGAAAAACUAGCUAAUUUAUUUCGACAGCAACAACAGAUUUUUCAACAAUCUAGACUUGGUCAGAGCCAGAGACUGAAAACAAUUAAACAGUUAUAUGAACAAUUCAUAAAGAGUAUGGAGGACUUGGAGAAGAAUAAUGAUACUCUAGUUACUGAUGCACAAAAUGAACUUAAAAAUGAAAUGGCUAUGUUUCAAAAACAAAUUAUGAUGGAUACUCAGCAGCAGGAGAUGGCAAUUGUUCGAAAGUCUCUUCAGUCCAUGUUACUCUGAUGGUUCUUGGAAGGAAGAACUUGAACCUAAGUAA